AUGGCUACCAGUGGGCCGGAAAGGCAGCAAGCUGUUCCCCGAUGGUUAAUAGCGUUAUUCGGAGUCGGACUUCCAAUCUCAUUUUACUAUUGGCAAAAAGGCGGCAAACAGAAUCACAAAACCAACGUAAUUCGCGAAGAACAACGAGAAUCAGCGCGGGGCGCCAAUCAGGAAUAUACUGAUAAGGCAGAGGGAAAUGAGGGUAAGCCAGCUCUCAAGGGAAAGGGAAGUUCAUCUGAUGAUGACAAGCCUCGAGGAAUGGGAUCUGCGGGUGGUCCAAAGACCAUGUCAUUCAAACAGGAGGGUCUUUCGAAUGCCGACACCAUGCAUCCAUAUGUCAAUGAGCCCGGGAAAAGCGAGAAGGGGGAAGGUGAGACUGAGACUGUGAAGGUAAAGGGUACUGUGAGGACCGAUAGACCGCAGGUGUAA